CUCAGUGAGAGGGAAGUAAAACAAGAGAACAGCAGACUAAACACUCAUAUAUGUUAGAGCAAGAGUGGAGGGUAAGAAAGGAUUUUCGAUUAAGAAAGAGGACAACAAAGACAGAAAAAAAGACUGAAGGCAAGCUGAGAACAGAGCUGAGACGGGGAGGAGCAGACAAUUUUAAAAGGAUUUGCAGGAUCAAAGUCUAAAGAAAAAGGUGAAGAUCGCGAAAGACAAGUGUUAAGGACAAGGACUGGCAUUGUAUAUCAUAUAUGGAACUCAAGUUUUUAAACAAAUUACACGUUGCUGAAGGAGGAAAAAACAAACAAAAAAACUGGAUUGCUGAGCUCCCACACCUCUCUGCUCUUAACCCCACAUUUAAACUGCAGCUGUGCUGAAAUCUCUACAGAAGGAAUAUUUAUGAGCCAAAUGAAGAACAACCCUGAAGUUGUCACUCCUCAGACACAAUGACCACCUUCUCCUCUGUCUCUUCAUUUCCCUUCACUCUUGCAGACUCCGCAUCGUCCAACUCCUCUCUUACUCUCUCUACUUUAUCCCUCCCUGUUUCGAUGUCCUCUUUCUUGGCUACCACUUCUCCCCAAAACCCAACUGUGUGUUCGUUUGAUGACACCACCCUACGUCUACUGCAGGCGGUCCUAUACUCCCUGUUCUUCGUCUUUGGGCUUGUGGGUAACCUCUUUGCCCUGUGGGUCUUCCUUUUCCUACAUUCAAGUCGCAACUCUGUGCGGGUGUUCCUAAUCAACUGUGCUGUGGCUGAUCUGGUCCUCCUGGCAUGUCUGCCUUUCAGGGUUUUCUACCAUGUUAAUGGCAAUAAGUGGGUACUGGGAUCUGUAGCCUGCAAGCUGGUGGGGAAUCUGUUUUAUAUGAACAUGUACAUCAGUAUUACGUUACUGGGGUUCAUUAGCUUGGACAGAUACUUGAGGUUAAAAGGGAAAGGCAGAGCACGGAGAUGCAUGAAGAUGACACUGAUGGGGCGCAGCCGGGAGUGGAGCUGGGUGGCCUGUGGAGCUCUGUGGGGUCUGUCACUGGUGGCGCUGGUGCCAAUGAUUGCCACAGCAGAGGACAAAGAGGACAAGGACAAAUGUUUCCAAUACAAGCAGCGUGUACAAGCCAAAGGCAAAGCCUACUUCAACGGGGCACUGGUUUUUUUGUUCUGGCUCGUCUUCAUCAUGCUGGUGGUCUCCUAUGCAAAAGUUGCUUCCCAGUUGCUGAAGGUGUCGCGGGACAAGCCGGACCUUCCCAACGCACAACGAUAUGAACGAACUGCCAAAAAGUCUUUCUUUGUCCUCUUUCUGUUUACCGUCUGCUUCGGGCCCUACCAUGCCUUUCGCCCCGUUUACAUCAUCUCCCAGCUCAGGGUCACAAUACCUUGUGACUACUUGCAACUGAUAGACAGUACCAAUGAGGUGAUGCUGUUGUUCUCUGCCUUCAAUAGCUGUUUGGAUCCUAUCAUGUACUUUCUGUUAUCUGGCUCAGUGCGUAAAACUGCCCUCCAAGCACUUGGACAUAGACUUGGCAACCGGCUUCUCUUCCUGAAUGAAGCAACAUCAAACAGCUCGACAAUGGAACUCAGACGACCAUCUGUACCUAUGGCUUUUCCUAACCGUGAACUUACCACCCCCUCAGUCACCCCCAGAACAAGUAUCUGUGUCAUCAAUUCCAACCUCUGUCGCACAGGCCUGACCACGCUUCCGACUACUGGCCAACAGUGAUCACAAGUUUGUCUGAUUGCAAAUGAUGUAAGCAUGAACACUGAAAAAUAAACAUCUGACAUUACCAAAUUAGGCCAGACUCAUUGGCUAAUUGUCUGUAAAACUGAGUACUACUGAGCUAUUCUUACUGUGUUCUGGAUUCUAAACAUGUGUGAUGCUGUGGGAAUAACUGUUUGAAUUAUAGUUUAUGUUUAAAUGCAUUAGUGAAAGUCUGUAAAGUCUGAGGAGAUGCACUUCAUUGACUACUGUGACAGCACCUUUAGGAAUUCAUGCUAUAUGGGUUUUUCCCUUCACACAGAAUGAAGUAAAUGUGAUUAUUGGUAACAAUGGAUUAGGUAUCUGGUGAAUAAUGUUAGAAAACACAUUUGUAGUAUUGAUAUUAUCUUGUCUGUGUUGAAGAGAUAUAUGGACAGGUUUAAAAAUAAAUGUACACUCAGACAGAGGCACAGCCUAAAAAGCACAU